GUAAUCGAAAAAAGCAGCUGUUCUUCCAUCUCUAAUCAACGCCAUUGACAGCAGAAAAAAAAACAGUUUGGAAUUUAGUCUUUUUAAAGUAAAUAAAAGGCAUCGCCAUGUCUAUGUCCAAGACCACGAACACCUACAAUCGGCAGAAUUGGGAGGAUGCCGAGUUUCCAAUCCUAUGUCAGACUUGUCUUGGCGACAAUCCGUACGUGCGUAUGAUAAAGGAGCGAUUUGGCAAGGAAUGUAAGAUCUGCACGCGCCCAUUUACAAUAUUUCGGUGGUGCCCAGGAGCACGGAUGCGCUUUAAAAAGACUGAGAUUUGCCAGACAUGUGCGCGCCUUAAGAAUGUUUGCCAGACUUGUCUUUUGGACCUUGAGUACGGCCUGCCCAUCCAGGUUCGCGACGCGGCCCUGAAGGUGGCAGACAACAUGCCACAAAGUGACGUUAACAAGGAGUACUACAUACAGAACAUUGACGCCCAGCUGCAGGAUGGCGAUGGCACUGAGGCAGCCGGAGCAGUCGGGCGCUCCCUGGCUGCAAACGAAAUGCUGUCCAAGCUGGCACGUACAGCUCCUUACUACAAGCGGAACAGGCCGCACAUUUGCUCUUUCUGGGUCAAGGGGGAGUGCAAACGCGGGGAGGAGUGCCCCUACCGCCAUGACAAGCCAAACGAACCCGACGAUCCUCUGUGUGAGCAGAAUAUCAAGGACCGCUACUAUGGCCGCAAUGACCCAGUGGCCGAGAAGAUCAUGAAGCGAGCGGCUUCUCUUCCUACCCUUGAGCCUCCAGAGGACCGCAAUAUCACCACACUGUAUGUUGGCAAUCUUCCCGAGGAGAUUACGGAGCCGGAGCUACGGGACCAGUUUUACCAAUUCGGAGAGAUCCGUUCCAUUGCGCUAGUGCCCCGCCAGCAGUGUGCUUUCGUACAGUACACUAAACGCGGCGCUGCAGAACUGGCCGCUGAGCGCACCUUUAACAAGCUGGUCAUUCACGGCCGCAAGGUGAGCAUUAAGUGGGCGCAUUCCCAGGCGAAACAGGGUACAGCGGCUAAGACAGACAGACGCUUCGAUGUGACCGGCAUUCCGCCACCCAGCGCCAAGCCGAACGAUUACUUUAAUUUGCGCCAGGAGCAAAUUAACGUCAUGCCAGCCGGCAUGAAACUUCACCAGCUACCAUCGAACUUGGUUCCGGCAUCGGCAUACCAAAUGUACGGCCAGCCCACCUACGCUGCACCCUACAGCAACGCUAACUCUACAGUCACGUCUACCUCCGGUGUGAGUCUAGACUCGAUUCCACCGCCACCUGGUCAAAUACCCUAUCCGAGCCAGGACGCCAGCCGAAUGGGGGCUGUGAAGAAAUAGAUUAGGUUCUUCUUAACUGUGCGAAAAUAUUUUUUAUAAAUACCAAUCAAACAUCAAUAAAUGUUCGCAUAUAUCUUUGUGACAAAACUACUAUUAAA